AUAUUUGCUGAUCCAUAUACAAAAACAUACAUAUGGCACCUCACUUCGGCGGCCUCUGGGAAGCCGCUGUAAAGAGCGCAAAGGGUCUUCUUAAUCGCAGACUGGCAAACACUAAACUAACAUUUGGAGAGCUGAGCACCGUCGCUGCUGAAAUAGAAGCAAUACUCAACUCCCGUCCACUUUCGCCACUGUCGUCAGACCCAAAUGAUUUCGGAGCUCUGACUGCUGGACAUUUUUUGGUUGGUGAUUCACUACGAGGCCUACCUGAGCGUUCCCUGGAACAUAAAAAUAUCUCCAGUCUAGAUCAUUUUGAGAGGAUCACCUCAAUUAAACAACGCUUUUGGCGUCGCUGGUCUGCAGACUACGUUAACGAACUGCGCGCACGGGUCAAAUGGGCGACACCUACACUAAACCUCAAAGUUGGAGCCCUAGUAAUAAUUCAUGACGACAACCUACCACCACAGCGCUGGAAACUUGGUCGCAUCGAAUCCACCGUGCUUGAGAGAGAUGGUAAAGUUCGCGUUGUGCACCUUCGCACUGCUAAUGGACAUUGUUGCCGCCCGAUACACAAAUUAGCCCUCCUACCUGUAUCUUGAAAGAUGGUUCUUUCA